AGCCUUGCACGAUUUGCAGGUGCAUGAAAGCAACAAACUGCUUUCUUGAAACGGACACAGAUGUGCUUGUAUGUUGCUGUGGAAGCCUUGAACAACAUACCAAUAAGAUUUAAACAUGCUAUGCGGCUUUCGCACCAGACAGUGGUUUCACACGGUGUGUACAGACGACCAGCUAGGCACUAGAAAACCAUAGCAGGCGUAAGGGAAGCGCCGGCCAGGGUAACCAAAGACUGAGCUAAAAUUAUCCGUGUAGACUCCGCAUCAUUUGUUGGCCGGCGCUGCUGCGAAAGAUGCAACAAUGGUGCACCGGGAGUAAGGUGAAAAGUGAACCACACCGGUCCAUACCGAGGUAAGCAGACCACUCUCGGUAGGGCGAUCGCCUUCACCUAGCCUCGUGUGUGUUCGCGUAAGUGAUUAUUGCACUGACAGUACCAUCCCGACGGACUUGGCUUCUGGAAUUUAAUCAAGAGACAAAGGUUCCCUCGAUCGAGAGAUACAAGGAUGUAGAUUUCCCGAUGAUGUGAUAUGAGGCCUGAGAGGAUGCAUAUCUAGGCCUGCAUACCCUUUUCAUCGGGUUUGUUUUGAAUACACAAUCGUGCAGAGAUCGAGGGUGUCAUUCGUGGUUGCAUUCGGUGGGUUGUCUGCCCGUAUUGGUAUACUCCCUGUACCUUCCAGGCUCGUGCCAUUAUCCAGCACAGAAGAGUUCAGGACUAACGAGUCAUGUCAGCCGAGGACAGAAAGAUGAUGGCCCCGACGUCGGCUCUGGAAACAGUGGCCAUCGUCAGACCGCUAAAGGUGAUCGCUGUGCUAUGUGGUGGGAUCUCCUUGUUGUUAAUGACACUGUCGGUGGCUGCUACAACAUGGCUGGAGGCUGACAAACAGAGAGAAGGAUUGUGGGAAAUCUGUUUUUGGGUCAAUGAAAAAGAGGUGAACUGUGGAAAAAAUGACGCCAGAUCAUGGGUGGAGAUCUGUCGGACGUUGUGUCUGGUAUCCAUGGCGAUCUGCUUAAGUGCCACAAUAUUGACAGUGCUCGGUUUACGAAGUUCAAGCUCCAAAUGGAAAUACACCUUUUAUAGACUAGCCACAAUCGCCAUGUUUUCAGCAGUUAUUUGUGAGGUCAUUUCCUUAAUAGUUUUUCCUGUGAUGUUUUUGAGUGAGAUUGAGGCUCGAGUACAAGUCCGGUGGGAAUUCGGCUGGGCUUACGGAAUCGGUUGGGGAGCGGCCAUCUUCAUGCUUGGCGCGGCAUUCUUGCUACUGUUUGACAGGGAAACGGAAGAACUUGAAAUCAGAGAGAAGACAUACUACAAAAAUGAUAUAGAAAGUACUGACGAAUCCCCGUAAUACAAAAAAGAAGUUUAUAUUUAAUAUUUUGUGUCGAUGACGUUUGACGUGAAGAAAGAAUGUGUGAGAUGUGUGCAUGUGUCCUUUACACGAGGAUCAAGUUUGUCAUAUUUCACGUGUGGAUUCUUAGACGCGCGAUCUCGUGUCAUUAAUCCUCUUGGGAGGAGGGCGUCAAUUAUUGAGUAGCCAAAUCCUUCCGAGAAGACAAAUGUGACGAAAAAAGGUGUAUUUUCCAGCUGGAAACUCGGAACGAUGUGCCAGACAUCUCGUGUCUUCGUCAGUCUGAAGACUCAUUCCUCAGAUUAAAUGUGAAGCCGUCACCAUUUCCUUCUCACAACA